AUGACGCAGCCAAUUCUCGAAAUCACGGCCGACAGUGCCACUUCCACACCCACACAAGCUACACCACACCUGCUGCCCUGCCAAAUCCACCACAACGGACCGGUUGGACAAGUCGACGCCUUUUGGCGGCCACAAGAGAAGGGUGUGUUGAGUACUUUGAGAGCGGUUGGCUUUUUGCCGAACUCAGCACCUGCUAAUAUCUCAGACGGCCAAGCUACGGCCUACUUCCGCGGACGCAAGCUGCACGGCCAGACCGUCACGCUGCCCGCCGACUACCGGGGCGUUGUAGGCCUGCGUCGCGGCUCGCCCCGCGAACAAGCCCGUGCCAGCAAUACAAGCGCUCCCGAAGAGGUUGUCGACGUCGACGCCACAGCGGCCGAACAGGAGGCACAACGACAGCGUCUGGAUUCGGGCGGGCUCGUGGUGCAGGCCGAGUUUGACAAGAUCGUGAUUUGGGGCCACCAGACCACGGCCGACGCGAGUACCGACCCGUAUGUUCGCAGCAUGGAGGAGUGGGUAGCAUUGUCAGAGAAGAUACACUCGUACGAAUAA